AUGGAGUCGACGCAACUUUCAAGCACCAUCAAUAAGACCAAUAUGAACUCUACCACUACCCCCCUUCUCUCUCCCUCCGACACUGCCCUCCUCGAAGCCUUCAUCCCAGGCUACUCCUUCAUCUCGAGAUUCCUCAUUUCUUACCUCCAUAUCGACCUCUCUCUCUACCUACCCUAUAUACUCACCUACAUCGCCAUCGCUGCGGUGCUCAAAUACUCCUUUUCCAAGCUCAAGGGAGUCAUGAAAACCCACCUCAUCGCAACGGCUGAAAUCCGUCUCGACGACGAGAUCUCCAACUACCUCCUCUACUGGAUGGCGCAGCAGCCCUUCGCGAACCGGAGCACGCGGUUCGUCGCCGCAACGCGGAUCUCCACUCAAUCGCACUAUUACGACUCCGACGAAGAGGACGACGAAUGGGGCGAGGAAGACGAGUACGACGAGGAGGGGAACGUGAUCAACAAUUUCGACGAGUACUGGGCGAAGACACGCAAGCGGGACAAGUUCAAGCGACUGAGGUUCACGCCCGCGGAGGGGACGCACUACUUCUUCUUCCGCGGUCAGCUACUGGCCUUUGUCCGGGCGAAGGGCGACAAGAAGUCUUCUUCGUCCUCUCGGUGGGGCGCGCGCUUCGAGACGGAGAAGUUGUAUCUGUCGUGUUUCGGCCGCGACCCUGCCAUCCUGAAGGAGUUGCUGGCUGAGGCGCAGCGAGUGUAUGUCGCCCGCGACGGAAACAGCACCAUUAUCUAUCGCGGGCAGAAGAGCCCCGGUGAUUAUGUUGAUUGGUCCCGCUGUAUGGCGCGCGCUCCGCGUCCUCUGUCGACGGUUAUCUUGGACCAGGAGCAGAAGGAUGCCUUUGUUGAUGAUAUUAAGGAGUAUCUGCAUCCCCGCACGAGGAGGUGGUAUUCGAACCGGGGGAUCCCCUACCGACGGGGUUAUCUGCUCCAUGGACCGCCUGGCACGGGAAAAACGAGCUUGUGCUUUGCGGUGGCUGGGCUGAUGGGGCUUCCUUUGUAUCUUCUCAAUCUGAGCUCGAAGUCCUUCAGCGAAGAUGACCUUAUGUCUUUAUUCCAGGAGCUCCCCCGCCGGUGCAUCGUCUUGCUUGAGGACGUGGACUGUGCCGGUAUCACGCAGAAGCGAGUCAGCGACGGUGGCGAUGACUCGACGGCGAAGCCCGCCGAUGGCAAGGAAGGCGAUGCGCCCGAGGACGCGGAUGCCGAUUCCUCGAAACAGGGCGUCUCGCUCUCCGGUCUCCUGAAUGUGAUCGAUGGCGUGGCCGCCAGUGAAGGCCGCAUCCUGGUCAUGACGACAAACCACCCCGAGAAGCUCGAUCCGGCUCUGCUGCGGCCUGGUCGGGUCGACAUGUCGAUUCAAUUCGGGUACGCCGAGCCCAGUGACAUCAAGGAGCUUUUUACGGCCAUCUAUUCCACACUCGAGGGUGAUGUACGGUCGGCAAGGACGAAGCGACCCAAGGGGAAGAAGGAACAGGUGACGUCCGAGGUCCCAUGGCAUCAGUUCUCGCGGAAGCAAAUCCAGAGCUUGGCAGAUGAGUUCCUUGCGCUAGUGCCAGGAGGGCAAUGCACUGCUGCUGAGAUCCAGGGGUAUCUCCUGAACUACAAGAGGGACCCCCAAGCUGCUAUCGAAGGGGUCGAGGAAUGGGCGCGAAGCAUCCGAUCGAAACGGGAGGGGAAAACCGAAGCAACCGUGAAGUCAGACUAG